GCAGGUGAACCAUCGGUGAAUCCUUCGGACGGCUCAAAAAUCUCGAAGAACAAAAAGAUCACUAAAAAACCAUUGACCAACGACGACAACAACGCCUGUUCCAAGUUCAAUUGCAAAUUUGCCUCGGUAGAGCCGGUGACGGUCCCUUCAAUCGACAACUCCGAGCAACCUUCAACUUCGAAAUCAGCCGAGAACAGUCACGAGACUGUGCAAGUGAGAAUUCUCUGGCAAGACAAAAAUCCUUGCGAGCUGCCUGCCAGUGCCGGAACACCCGGAGGAGUCGCCAGAAAAAUGUGGCAUUUUGACGAAUCACUGAUGUCUUGUGUACCUUUCGUCUUUCUUGGCUCAGGCGGAAAUGCGAAUCGAUUUAGUGAUCCAGAAAGCUGUAUGCGUACUUGUGGGAGUGGAAGACCUACACGUGCUUCAUGUGAUUUGCCUUCACAAUUUGGAAAUGGCACUUUUAAAAUACCGCGUUACUACUUCGAC